AUGGAGGACGUUCUCUCCUUUCUGAGUAACACCACCAAACCAUGUCUGCUAAGCUUCGGCUCAGUCUUCAUGGACUUUUACCCCAAGGGCCUCUUUCUGAGUGCCGUAGGAGUGCUUCUUUUGUACCUGACGUACCCAAUACUGAAACCCUUCUUAGCCACACGGACCAAUCACGACACCCACAAGCAACGAGGCAAAGUUAACAGAAGAAGAAGAGUAUCAUAUAAAGAAUUCAGAAUCUUCCACAGAGAAGCACAGGAGCGGAGGCGGCUGCUGUCUAUCGUGCAAAGCCCCUUGGGACAGAUGUAUGACCCCUCCCACCUUCGGCAAGUGCUUUGUCCUGACCCCUGCUGUGAUGUGUGCAACCGAGCAACCGCUAAGGUCAGUCGACUGCUCUCAUGGGCCAGCCUGCGAGAUGAUGCUGCCUCUGUGUCCAGCAUGACCUCCACAGCUUCCGUGACCGAGACCUCAUUCACUCUGCUCCCUUCCCUCUCCCCGAGCCCUUCAAGAUGUCACAUUUCAUCUCUUCCACCUUCUCCUCCUCCUCCUACCCCCUCAAUUCCCUCAACUAUCAAGGCUACCCCCUUGGAAGAUAUAGUUCUGGUCACACCCCAGGGUGACAGUCGGCCAUCAGAGCUGAUUUCUGUCACAAGGCCUUACAUUCCGCUGGGCCACAUCCUACCUCAUCCACUUCCCAUGUCUCCUCCCAAGGCACAGCAUGCCACUCAGCAAAUGGAACGGCCUUUAAAACGGGAAGCCACUCCAUCCAUGGCGGGCCGUCCUCGUAAGCAGCUCACGAAUGCCACAACAAAUAAGGGUUCUUGUGGCGCCCUGUCAGAGCUCUCCCGGCAGCAGACUGGCGCUGACGACAGCGUCUCCCCAUCCCAGUUGGAAGGCUUAGUUAACCAAGAGACACAUACUUGCCAUUCUUCUGAAGCUUAUUUGGGUGGACAAAACACAGGUCAUUUUACAGUGCCUGGAAACCUCCCUUUCCCCAGUUCUCAAGUCCUGGCAGUGCGUAAGAGACAAGACAAAAGUCAGGCUGACGUCCUUACUCGGAAGGAUGAGGGAAAAAAAGAAUAUUUCCAAAAAGCUCUUGCAAUUUGGGAGAAAAAAAUAGGGCCAGUGGCCGAGGUUCAGCAGCACUCAGAUGGCUCCCUUUGCCUGCGGGAUAGCAAAGGCGUUCUCAGCAGGCUGAAUGUGCACCAGGCGCUCGUUCAACUCCCGGCCUCCACAAGCCACUUAGAGCCCAAGCUCACACAGCACUUCUGGGGCCUCCCCUAUCUCCACAGUGAGUCCAUGGGUGCCAUCACCACACUGUCCACUCACUGUUCCUCAGCGUGCAUCUGGUUCAACAGAACCUCAGACACCCCAGCCGUGACUCACCGCACACCUCUGUCCUUGCCGGAAAGUCAGUCACAGACCUUGACCCAAUCUCAGUCCCAAAGUGUCCUGCUUCAACCUCUAAUCCCACUGCCACCGGCGCCGCCUCCUCCUCUUCCUCCUCAACCUCAACUUAGCAUCUGUGGGGUAUAUUUUCAUGGAUCCCAAGAUGUGGCAAGAUCUCUGCUGCAAUCUGAAAUCCACUGCCUAGAAUACAGCAUUGUGACGAAAGAACAGGAGAAGGGGUGGGGUUUGCCCUCUGUGGUCCAAAAAUCUCAGGAAGAAAUCUGUCCCCUCCCUUCCAAGCCCUCACUGGCCAGCCAGGCCUCUGAGACCCAUGUUCUCAAGUCUGUCUCUUCUGGACAAUUCCCCCUUACUAAUGCAUUUCGGAAGAAACUCGAGCACCACCUUCGAAAGAGGCUCAUCCUCCAGCGCUGGGGCCUGCCACAAGGGAUCUACAAGUCUCAGUCAUGGAUGCGCCCGGACCUUCCAGAGGCAUCUGAGAGCAGCUGUGGGCUCCCAUGCAGCUCUCUCUAUAAGCACCAGGACAGCAAAAACCUACCCAAGACUGUGUUGAACCAGCCCGGAAGCUCCCAAGAGAGGUUCUCAGAGGCUGUCUCUCUAAAGGGAAAAGUGGGAAAAGCAGAAGGACACAGUCCAGAGAUUGUACAAAAAUGCCCGUGGAGUAACACCAAGGGUGCCCUAGAUAAUGGCCUGCAAUCUGACUGUAAGACAAGCCCACCCUGCCACUCAGGAAGUCCGCCAAGCAGACCUUCAGGGACCUCACAGGUGAGCCAAUGCCGGAAAAAGAUUGAAGCUGCCCUGCAAGAACAUUUGAGCAGACAUCUCUAUGAAAUCAAUCAUGAUCAGGUCCCUGACCCUACGUCCAGAUCAGGACCUCCCCCUCCCCCUUUAACCUCCUGUGUGAGCAUCAAAGAUCACAAGGCCCAGAGACAGUCACCUCCUGAUAACAAGGUCGAGCAUGUCAAGAACAUACAGAGAACUGCAAAGUCUGUUAUGCAACAGACAUCCAUUAUCUUAGACAGCACCAGCCUGGAAAAGUCACAGGAUAAUAUACACAGCCGAGAUGUGCCCAGAAUGUCGGCUAAGGCUGGCCCUGUGCCACUGGAGAAGAGAUUAAGUUCUGACGAAACAGUCCACGGGCCUCAAAAAGCAAAUAUGAAUGACAAAAAUGUAUUUGCGCCCAGCAAGGUCAGUAAUAUAGCCAAGGGAGGGCAGCUCAGUGGUCUUCAGCCACAACCUACCAAGAUCUUGAAAACCAGCCAGUGCAAGAGUACCCAAGGGGCAGAUGGGAACACAACAAAAGCACACAGUACCCUGUUAGCUGGAAGGGCCAUGAAGGGAACAUCAGGUCCCCAGGAAAUUCAGACAUCUGACUUUAACACUCAGGUGUCCUGGGAAGAGGAAUUUAAAUCAGAGAGCAGUCAGACCAUCCAAGCUGUAGAGACCCAACACAGCGUGCUCUUUAUCUCAGAUAAAUUCACUUCCAAAGCUUUACUUAAGUGUGAGCCUUCCAGCCAACCCGUGGAUGCUGCUUGGGUGCAGCAGGCCCGCUUGUCCACAGCGGGGCCUUCUGUGGAACAGCAACAGGAGCCCCGGAUGCCUCCAUCUGUCUUAGACAAGGGCCAGAACAAGGAGCUCCCUCCAUCUGCCAAGAUGGUAUGCCCCGUUCCCAGGAGAGCAGAGGAGCUUAGUGCAGGGGUCGCAGGGGCUGGGACAGUCCAAGCCAGUGGGAAGAGCUAUCACACACAAGGCAGCCCAAUACAAAGGAACCGUGGGGAAAAGCCCACCCAACCCCUCCCCGCGAAGGCUCCGACCCCUCCUGAACACCAGUUCAGGAAGCACGUCAAACACUUUUUCCAGUGGCUUGCUCCUGACAGAAAAUGCAAAGGGCAGGAAGUGUUCCUGAGAAAGGGCACGCCCCCAUCCUCACCCAGGUAUGACCCAAAACUAAAGGGGAGGGCUACUCUUCCUGGGAACACUGUAGCUCAGAAAGCCAUGAGAGAUCUUGGGGAGAUCUCCAAGGAACAAGCGGGGCACAAGCAGGCUGCCGCAGACAGCAUGCACCCCCACGCGCCCUCGUGUCCUCCUACAAAGCCUGUGAGGACUAUGCCGAGGAAAGAGUACGGGGUCCCGGCAGAGGCAGUCCAGGGGCAUCAGUUCUGCCACCAAGCAACCCACUCUACCGGGCCAACUCCCAGGCCCUACAAUCAGGCCCUUGCCUUCGGUGGUCAAAAGAGAUCGGUGGAAGAGAGAGGCAGACAGCCCCAGAAAUGUGAAGCUUUACAGCCUCGCCCACCUGCGCCCCACAGAGAGCCAGAACUGUGCCAAAACCCCUUGAAAAGUCGGCAAGUUCCUCAGCCGGCGCCCCCCUUUGCUGUAGGAACUUUGUUGGCAGAUGUGUCCCGAUUAUGUGGACAGAAAAUUCUGGCUCAGAAUUUCAGUGGAAAAAGUCUUUUUCCCCCCAAAUAA